UAAAUCAAAAUCAAAAACCCUAGCCAUCUCGACCUAUAUAUACAAUCCGUAUAUUUUGCCCUAAAAACCCUUCGCUGUGAUUCCAGAGAUCUAAGCUGCCGCUUCAAAGUCGUCUAGGGUUUCAAUUACUUGCAUAUUCUUUCGUUUAAUACAACAAUGACUAGUGAGCUAGCUUGCACUUACGCUGCCUUGAUUCUCCACGAUGAUUUGGUCCCAAUCACUGCUGAGAAGAUUGCAACUUUGGUUAGUGCUGGGAAUGUGGUAAUUGAACCUUACUGGCCAGGCCUUUUCGCCAAGCUGGCCGCGAAGAAGAACAUUGAUGACCUUGUUUUGAAUGCUGGAUCUGGUGGAGCUGCUGCUCCUGCUACCAUGGCCGCUCCUUCUGCCGGUUCCGCCGCUCCUGCUGCUGCUGCAGUUGAGGAGAAGAAGAAGGAAGAGCCAAAGGAAGAGAGUGAUGAUGAUAUGGGAUUCAGUUUGUUUGACUAAUCUUCUCAUCAACAAUUUGAUUCCUUUUUGGUUUUUAGGCAAAAUUAGGAUUUUGUUAGACUCGUGAGACAGUUGGAAAUUUUUACAUCAAAGUUUUGGGAAAUUUCUUUUUGAGUUGGGUCAUUUUUUGACAGCUUGACAUAACUCUAAUUGAAUGUCUAAACACUAAAAAGCUUAUCUUCUCGAUCAAAAAUUAUCAGUUUUGCUUUA